CCUUCACGUUUCGCAUAAUUGAUGCAAGAGUGCAAUAAUCGGUUCGGUGGUUUCUUAACACUGGGAUUGUUUCGUAGUGGAUUGCACAAAUUGACAUGGCCAGGCUUCUUUGGUUUGUUUCAAAUAAAAAUUCAAUCAAUCACACCUAACUUGGGUGUGAGAAACAAGAAAAUCACUGUCCUCUCUUUCUUCUGGGUUAAAAUAUUUUCACUAGUUUCCUAUAAAAAGCGGGCAAGAGCCAGUCCUGAUUACCUCAAAGAGAUGGCUUCAAGAAUCAGAACCCCAGCUCUGGCUGCUGUUUUGCUGCUUCUCUUGCUUGCUUCUGCUCCAGCUUCAGACGCUGCGAUUUCCUGCAGUGAUGUGAUCAAGGACCUGAGACCUUGCGUGAACUACCUCGUGAAUGGGACUGGGAAACCGCCCUCUGCUUGUUGUGCUGGAGCCUCCGCUCUUGCGUCCGCCGCAUCGUCCUCCUCUGACAGGAAGGCUGCUUGCGAAUGCAUCAAGUCAGCAGCUAAGAACAUAAAACCAAACACCCAGUUAGCUCAGGCCCUUCCUGCUAAUUGUGGAAUCAAUUUGCCCGUCACCAUUUCACCUAACGUGGAUUGUUCCAAAGUUGGUUGAAGAGUUAAAGCGGCUCGAAGGAAAGUGAAGUUAAAGUCCUCCAUUUGUGUGGGAGCUUAAUUGUUUUGUAAUAAACUGGAAUCCCGUUAUGACUUUUGGAUUCCUUCGAUGAAUAAAGCUCAAUCCCACCAUCUACCCCGACUUUUUUUUUUGGUUUGUAUAUAUGUGUUCACGUGCAUUGUAUUUAAUUAUUUAUUAUUUUUAUAUUUUUUAUUAAAAAAAGGUUUCAGUGAGUAAAUAUUUA